CUUUUUUUGAGCAAGCCUGCUUUUGAACACAAAAUCGUCUCCCACAAACUGCCUUAACAAAAUUAUCCAUUUCGCUGCCCCACAUGCCCUCAGUCUGAGCUCUGGGCCUUUAAAAGGAUCUUCAUGGGGAGCAUUUAGCUCUAAGGAUUCAGUUCAGUGGUCCAUUGAUCAAACGCCAUGUUCUACCACGCCUGCUUCAUGGGAUUGUGCAUGAUAACAAACCUCUCCAAAUUCCAGUUGGCUUCCAUUGUACUGCCAACGUGCAGAAGAACCUCCAGAUAACAUGGAAGGGAAGAUCUUAGUCGAGGCGAAUGCCUUCUUCCUCCUUGGAUGGACAGUUAUAGAUUGUACAGAGGCAAACCCUGUCACUCGAUCUUACUUCCGGCACUUGAUUCAGGGUUUAAUGUGGGGGUCUUUCCUAGUCCUAUUGAAGAUGCCAGGGAUUGAAACUACAACUGUCUGCAUGCAAAUCCUGGAUCAGUGGCUGGACUUAGUGAUGGACUGUAUCAAUAAACUGAAUCUGAAUCCUGGAAAGAUGGAGGCCUCAUGGGCAAGUUGUUUCUGAGUCUGAGAGAAAAGCUUUAGGCCUACUCUGGAUGGGAUUUCACCCCCACUGAAUGGUCAGGUGUGAGGAAGCAGACACAACCCAGGCACCAACCAAACAAGGGCGCCAGUCACUGCCUUUGCCACUGAAUCAUCAGGAUGGGUUUGCACAAAGUGGCUUGGGCUUGGAUGAAAUAUAAAGAUUUGAGCCAAAAUACCUAAACACACUCUCAGAAAGCAGGGAUGGACAACAUAUUGGUAGAUAAGCCUCCAGGAGCAAAAUAGCUUUCUUUGACUCUUAAUCCCUUGUUCUUGAAGAUUGUCUAACGGGAGUAGUGCAGCUCUAAGCCUGAAGCAGCAGUGUGUUUAUGAAGUUGAAAAUGAACAUGUAGCCAAGAGCAGGCCAACUGCACAAGUCAUCGAAACAGUGACUUGGAUAGUAAUACCAAUGAAACUGCUUGCAACUGAAGAGGAUGUUCACCACCCAAGAGUGGAGCUGUUGCAGAAAUUCUGGAAGGCUGGAUAUAGCACUGAGAUUCUGCACCCCUAUUCAAUGAGUGAGAAACUAUGAAGGAUUGUAUUUAGUGCAUGGCUUCUGUCCUGUUCUGUUUCUGGGUCAUAUGUGUGUGUCCAUGUUUUAAAAUUGAAAUGUUUGUUAUCUGUUUCAGCUGAUAUUCAGCAUUUUUGCACUGCCUGACAUCACUAGCCAGGAGAAAAGAUGCUUAGCAAAUCCUUGUGACUAGAAACUGUCAAAGAAUUACAGCCUAAACAACAUCAGUGUUGAUCCUUUCUUUGCUUCAUGCACUAUUCCUGUGCCAACAAGAACAGAUUCACCAACAGGGACUGGGCUACACUGGAGUUUACUUUUCUCAAUGAUGAAUAGGGGCAGGGUAGGAUUACAACAAUGAAGCUGAAUGAGCGCAGUGUGGCUUAUUAUGCCACAAGUGACUCUCCCACAGACCAUGCCGGCUUUCUGCGCAAGCGUGUGGAGCGUCACCACCACCACCACCACCACCACACCACCUCCUACCACCGCCACUGGUUCAUCCUCAAGGGUAACUUGCUAUUCUAUUUUGAAGAGCGGGAGAGCCGUGACCCCCUGGGCCUGAUUGUGCUGGAGGGCUGCACUGUGGAGCUCUGUGAGGCUGCCGAGGAGUUUGCGUUUGCCAUCCGCUUUGAUGGCACCGGUGGCAAGGCCUAUAUGUUGGUUGCCGACUGCCAGGCUGCUAUGGAAGCUUGGGUGAAAGCACUUUCACGGGCCAGCUUUGAUUACAUGAGGCUAGUGGUUAAGGAACUAGAGAAGCAACUAGAGGAGGCCCGGAAGAGCUUGGAUGCCUGCUAUAAAUUGCCAAAGAAGUCCUCCACUGGUCGGAAGAGACACCUUUCUAAUCCCAUGAUGGUACCUGUACAGGAGCACCCUGUCAUCUUGGAGAAUGGCUACUGCACGUGGGACAGCGGUGGCACUCCUGCAGGAAUUGUUCCUUUGGACACUGAUGGGGGGCAUUUGAAACCCCCGCCCUUACCUCCUCGUCGAAGGUUUGCAAGCAGCAAUGUAAACACAGCACUUGCUGCUGGCCCUGUUGUUGCUGUACAGGAAAGUCCUGUAUCUCCAGAGACAGCCUGUUUCGCCAAGUUACAUGACUGGUACGGUCAGGAGAUUGCAGAGGUGAGAAGGGAAUGGCUGGAGAGUCAGAAAAGAGCAAGCAUGUGAACACAACAAGGAGAGGUGUGUGUUGGGGGAAGACAUGGACCCAGGGUGUGCAAGGGUGAGGAGAACAGAGAAAUGGACAUCAAGCAGGUUUUCGCAGAUCUCUUGUUUGCUGAUUGUUCUCCCCGCUAACAAAAUUGCCAAAGUACUGAUACUGCUUUCUGGAAUAAUUAAUUGCAGAUUCUGUGUUUCUUACUACCACAACUUGAUAAUUCCAGGGGAUAUAAAAAUGACCACAAUAUCCCUGAAACCUAACUAUGUACUAUCUGUAACUCAAGCAGAAGGUGUAUGCAAGAGGCUAUGGUGUACUUUCACAUAUCAGUGUGAGACACAGGGCUUCUCUACAUGAAGCUUUUAAUUUGGCACUUUGUUUCCAGACUCUUUAUAGAAUUAAGAUCUGCUCUUUUAUGCAUUCUUUCUUUCUCCAUCUUCCUAUGUGUUCUAUCACACAAAUGCAAGGUGGCACUGUGGUAUAGCAGAAUACCAAAAGUAAAUUCCACCAUUUCCAGACAAUGCUACACUUUUCUUAAUCUAAAAAAGCUGCAGAACUGCUUGGAGAGCACAGGAAAAGUCCUGGAAGAUGAUGACAUUGUGUAAAGCACCUGCAAAUUACUGUGAGUGCAGAAUAAUGAGCGCAUAAUAAAUGCCUCAUACAAAGAAGCUCUCAAAAUAGUGCUCUGGUUCUCUAUGUUGGAAUAGUAGCUUUGGGAUAUAUGAGAGGAUUCUCUGAUCAACAUUCUCUCCCUUCUUCCAUAACAGUGUUAUUAAGGGACUGAUCCUGGAGCCCUGAGACAUUGUCUGGAGCUGGUGGGGAGUACAGGAUACUUUGGAUUCCUUAGUUCAAGGUUGGAGACUGAACUCUGAUCUCAGCCCUGGGAAUCUGCACUCCAUGCCAGCUGCUUCUCCAGGGUUCAACUUUGGGAAUUCAACCUUGGAGAGGAAGGAAGUGGAAAUGGAGAUAUUGCAGAGGGAGGGAUACAAGCUUGCUCUCUGCCCCCUCCCCGAAGUGUUCCAGACAAAAACUGACUAUCUAGCAAAAUAGUAGAGUAGGAGGUGAGUGGAGGUGGAGCUUGCCUCAGCUGCUCUAAGUUUGUGGGGGGCUUAUAAACACUGAGGACACAACCCAUAGGAUUAUGCCUUUAACGGUAUUUAAUCUUGAUAUUGCAGUUACUUUAUGACUUAUGCUGGAGAGUUAAACUGUGAGUUAAACAGCAUGAUAGUUAGGUAUCUUGCCCUAUUCACUAGAACAUCCAGCACCUGUAGCCCAACUGGAAUAUUCUAUGUGCAUCACAUGCAUUAUGUAGACGUUAUUGACAACAACCUGAAAUGGUAGACUAGUAUCACUAUUCCCUCACUGCAGAUGGAGCAAAGGUGAGAGAAUAGUAGCUUGCCAGGACACUUAGUGAGUUCUCAGCCAAAGGGAAAAUGAACCCAGGAACUUUCCAGUUCACUUUCUUAGCUGCAACAUUGCACUAGCCCUCAUAAAAUAAAAAGGCACUAGCUGUCCCAGGUCUAACUCUGGCUGACCUCAGUACUUGUGCUUUUUUCUACAUUUGAGUCAGCAUUUCAAAACUCCCAUAUUUCUCCCAUACUAUUAGGUAAUACUAAGCAACCUCAGAUCCUCAGCAUCACCAUCUAUACAGUUGUUUCCUAAUGAUGGCCUAAAGCUGCAUGUGUUCUCUCUGUUCAGCACGUUGUUCUUUCUCACUUCUGUUCAUAACUCUGCACAGGGCUGCUUCCAGAUGCAGCUUAUAUUGUGCAAUUCCAGUGUUGUUCAUGGAAUUUUACAGGGAGUUUAUACAUCAGCAUCAUCAGUUUGUAGCCCUCUCAUGUAUCCCCAUCACUUUUACUUACCAGAAAAAAAUCCAUUAAAGAAGAAAAGAUGGAUUAGUCCCACAGUGCCUUUCGAUUGAUAGUACUAUGGGCUCUUUAUCUGGAAGCCCCCAGGUAAAUUACACUGGUGCUUCAAAACUACAUUUCAGAAUGACCCUUUUGGAUAUUAAAGCACAUCUCUUGAAUGUUUACAGUUCAGUGUUUGCUUCACUCCAAUUCUUGUGCAAUAGUAACAAUGCUAGGAAAUGAUUGUUACCUGAGAAGAAUGAAAGGCCCCCAUGGGCUGGACUAUGGUUAGAGUUUAAAAUUCUAAACCACUUUAAGUACAGUCACUCAGUUAUGAGUUUCAUGAUUAUGAAUCUGAGAGCUACUACAUAUAGCAAGCCUGCACAGUCUAUAGUGUGCAGUGUUACACAUUAGAUUGCAGUGUUACUGAUUUCUGAUCAUUGAGAUCCCGUUUGCUUUUCAAUGGUCUUGCACAUUAGUGACUACAAUUAAUAGUUCAGCCAACAGAACAAUUGUUUACCACUCCUUGAUGGCUCAGACCAAAUCAGUGCUGGUAAUAAGCAUUUUGUCUGUUGUUAGACUAUGGGCAAGUGCAAUACUUUAAUAAAAUGACUCUUCCAGCUGAAAGAAAAGAACCACUCUGUUUUAAUUAAGACAAAAUUAGGCUGCCAUGACAAAUAGCAUGGCAGUUCCAACAAAAGUGAGAAGUGGUGAUUAUCUGAAAGGUGAUUAUACUACAUCUGACCCCAAAGGCAAACUUUCCUCCAGCAGUGCUGACCUGGAAUAUUGUCAUCGGUAGCUCAUAUAUUUACUAGUUUCAAACAAUAAAAGAAAGCUAACAUUUUCAUGGUGUUUUACAUUCUGGUAAUGUUGUAUUACAUGUAUAUUGCAUGCCGUUAUUAUUUUUAAAAGGAUCUUUGCAUGUGUUGUAUUUUAUUCCUAAAACAAGAAUGUGCAGUAUUAUUUCAUAGUUAUUUGUACUUCAAACUUAAU